CAUCAAACUCUCACAUUCUCCCCCAAUUUCCCUCUAUAAUUUCCACCUAACUCUCACCAUUUCCCCUCCAAGUUUCAACAACAAUACACUCACCAAAUGGCAUUUAGUUCUGCAGUAGCAUCGCACCUUCAUGCUUUCCAAACCUCCAAUCUUCGAUUGCCCGACUCCAACAAAUCAUGGAACCGGAGGCGGCGAACCACAGCAAUUCCUGUAAUCCGGUGCGAGAAGGUCGUGGGAAUCGACCUAGGAACGACGAACUCGGCGGUGGCGGCAAUGGAGGGAGGACAGCCGACGAUUGUGACGAACGCGGAGGGACAGAGGACGACGCCGUCGGUAGUGGCGUAUACGAAGAGCGGGGAUAGGCUUGUUGGUCAGUUGGCGAAACGGCAGGCGGUGGUUAAUCCGGAGAAUACUUUCUUCUCUGUGAAGAGGUUUAUUGGAAGGAAAAUGGCGGAGGUGGAUGAAGAAGCGAAGCAAGUUUCUUACAAGGUUAUUGCCGAUGAGAAUGGGAAUGUGAAGCUCGAUUGCCCUGCCAUCGGUAAGAAGUUCGCCGCCGAGGAGAUUUCCGCUCAGGUUUUAAGAAAGCUGGUGGAUGAUGCAUCAAAGUUCUUGAAUGAUCAAGUAGGAAAAGCUGUUGUAACAGUACCAGCAUAUUUCAACGACUCUCAAAGGACGGCAACGAAAGAUGCUGGUCGGAUUGCUGGUCUUGAAGUUCUUCGCAUCAUCAAUGAACCAACUGCUGCUUCACUUGCUUAUGGCUUUGACAAGAAAACUAACGAGACCAUUCUCGUUUUCGACCUUGGUGGUGGAACGUUCGAUGUCUCAGUCCUCGAGGUCGGAGAUGGUGUAUUUGAGGUUCUUUCUACUUCAGGCGAUACACAUUUGGGUGGUGACGAUUUUGACAAGAGAAUUGUUGAUUGGCUUGCCGAAAGCUUUAAGAGGGAUGAAGGAAUUGACCUUUUGAAAGACAAACAGGCGCUGCAACGUCUAACCGAAACUGCUGAGAAGGCAAAGAUUGAGCUAUCAUCUCUAACACAAACCAAUAUUAGUUUACCAUUUAUCACUGCUACCAGUGACGGCCCAAAACAUAUUGAUACUACACUUACUAGGGUUAAGUUUGAAGAAUUGUGUUCAGACUUGCUAUAUAGGUUGCGAUCACCGGUGGAAACGGCUUUAAAGGAUGCACAGUUGUCGUUCAAAGAUAUAGAUGAAGUCAUUCUUGUUGGUGGCUCAACUCGUAUCCCAGCAGUUCAGGAGCUCGUCAAGAAAAUGACAGGGAAAAAUCCAAAUAUGACUGUAAAUCCCGACGAAGUGGUUGCUCUCGGUGCCGCAGUUCAGGCUGGUGUUCUGGCUGGAGAUGUCAGUGACAUUGUCCUCUUGGAUGUAACACCUCUCUCUCUCGGUCUGGAAACAUUGGGUGGAGUGAUGACCAAAAUCAUUCCAAGGAACACGACCUUACCGACAUCCAAAUCAGAGGUGUUUUCAACGGCAGCAGAUGGACAAACAAGUGUUGAGAUUAAUGUAUGUCAAGGCGAACGAGAGUUUGUUCGAGACAACAAGUCUCUCGGGCGAUUUCUCUUGGACGGUAUCCCACCUGCACCUCGUGGUGUUCCUCAGAUUGAAGUGAAAUUUGACAUUGAUGCUAAUGGUAUUCUCUCGGUCACUGCCAUUGACAAGGGAACUGGGAAGAAGCAGGACAUCACAAUUACUGGCGCUAGCACUUUACCAAGUGAUGAGGUGGAUAGAAUGGUUAAAGAAGCUGAGAAGUUCGCAAAAGAAGAUAAGGAGAAAAGGGAUGCUAUAGACACAAAGAACCAAGCAGAUUCUGUUGUGUACCAGACUGAAAAACAGCUAAAGGAGCUAGGAGACAAAAUUCCCACAUCAGUUCGAGAUACUGUAGAAGCUAAGCUAAAAGAACUUAAGGAUGUCAUCUCUAAUGGGUCGACCGAAACUAUCAAAAACGCCAUGGCUGCACUGAAUCAAGAAGUAAUGCAGAUUGGGCAGUCCCUCUACAGCCAGUCAACAACCUCUAGUGCCGGGACUGCAUCCAGAACGCAGUCUACUUCAUCGGGUUCAACCGGAGAAACUGAUGGGGAUGUUGUUGAUGCAGAUUUUGUUGAUAGUGAGUGACUUGAAGCAGUAGAUAUAAGACUGUAUCUACAAGCAGCUUGGCUUUAUACAAAUUUUGAAUUACUUGGUCUGGAAAAUAUCAUGUGCAUAUGUGGUUUAGAAUUUAGAUGUGUACAAAGUACAAUUUCUAUGCUCUUAAUUGUGAAAUUGGAAAUGAGGUGUUUGAACUGUACGGUUCCAACGGGUUAUAUGAGGGACUGAUCAAACUUUUGUUUCUUUUUAGAAAUGUUGCAACAAGCAACUUAUACAGAAA